GUGACCCUCUGAGUUGUUCAUUGCUUCUUAGAUAUCCUUUACCAAUUAGAUGUCCUUUACCAAGCUUUUACAUGAUGGGGUCCCUCUGUGAACUCCAUUCCCUCCUCUUUGCUGAUGAUCUCUGUUUCAUUCCAGGGAAGCUGUUCCCAUGGCUUGUGGGGAGUGCAGCGCUUCAGCACUCGCUCGGGAUCCAGCACACAGGAACAUCAUCCCCUUCCAGCACAGAGAACUGACGUGCAGAUAGCAGAACCCAGCAAGGUGAACCAUGAUUCCAGUCACCGAGCUGCGCUACUUCGCCGACACUCAGCCGGCCUAUCGCAUCCUGAAGCCGUGGUGGGACGUGUUCACGGACUACAUCUCCAUAGUGAUGCUCAUGAUCGCCGUGUUCGGGGGGACGCUGCAGGUCACCCAGGACAAAAUGAUCUGCUUGCCCUGUAAAUGGGUUACCAAAGACUCUUGCAAUGACUCUGUGAGGGGAUGGACAGCGGCAACCCCGGAGCGUAGCUACUAUAACACUAGUCUGGUUCCCUCUGCGGACACGGGGCCCACGGGGAUCCGAUACGACCUGGACCGGCACCAGUACAACUACGUGGACGCGGUGUGUUAUGAGAACCGCCUCCACUGGUUUGCCAAGUAUUUUCCUUAUCUAGUGCUGCUACACACCCUCAUCUUUCUGGCUUGUAGCAACUUCUGGUUCAAGUUCCCAAGGACCAGCUCCAAGCUGGAGCAUUUUGUGUCUAUUUUGCUGAAGUGUUUUGACUCUCCGUGGACAACGAGAGCGUUAUCUGAGACGGUGGUGGAAGAGAGCGAUACCAAACCAGCGUUUGGGAAAAUGAAUGGCUCCAUGGACAAGAAAUCCUCCACGGUCAGUGAGGAUGUGGAAGCCACUGUUCCCAUGCUGCAGAGAACCAAGUCUCGAAUUGAGCAAGGGAUUGUGGACCGGUCUGAGACUGGUGUGUUGGACAAAAAGGAAGGGGAACAGGCCAAAGCACUCUUUGAGAAGGUGAAGAAGUUCCGCACUCACGUGGAAGAGGGAGAUAUAGUUUAUCGCCUGUACAUGAGACAGACCAUAAUCAAAGUCAUCAAGUUCAUUCUGAUCAUUUGCUACACCGUGUACUACGUCAACAACAUCACGUUUGAUGUGGACUGUAAGGUGGACAUUGAGAGCCUGACUGGCUACAGGAUGUACCGCUGUGCUCACCCUCUGGCCACUCUCUUCAAAAUCUUGGCCUCUUUCUACAUCAGCCUGGUGAUUUUCUACGGGCUGAUCUGCAUGUACACGCUGUGGUGGAUGCUGAGGCGGUCGCUCAAGAAGUACUCCUUUGAGUCCAUCCGGGAGGAGAGCAGUUACAGUGACAUUCCUGAUGUGAAAAAUGACUUUGCUUUCAUGCUCCAUCUGAUCGAUCAGUACGACCCCCUCUACUCCAAGCGCUUUGCUGUCUUUCUGUCAGAGGUGAGUGAGAACAAACUGCGGCAGCUGAACCUCAACAACGAGUGGACUCUGGAGAAACUACGCCAGAGGAUCACCAAAAACUCUCAGGAUAAGCUGGAAUUGCAUCUUUUCAUGUUGAGUGGCAUUCCUGACACGGUCUUUGACCUCAUUGAGUUGGAAGUCUUGAAGCUGGAGCUUAUCCCUGAUGUCACUAUUCCCCCAAGCAUUGCUCAACUCACCAGCCUUAAGGAACUGUGGCUCUACCACACAGCUGCCAAAAUUGAGGCUCCAGCCCUUGCCUUCUUGAGGGAGAACUUAAAAUCUCUCCACAUCAAGUUCACAGACAUCAAGGAGAUUCCUCUUUGGAUUUACAGCCUGAAGACACUCGAGGAGCUUCAUCUGACAGGGAAUUUGAGUGCUGAAAACAACCGGUACAUUGUGAUAGAUGGACUGAGGGAGCUGAAGAGGCUGAAGGUGUUGAGGAUGAAGAGUAACCUCACCAAGCUACCCCAGGUGGUUACAGAUGUUGGUGUGCACCUUCAGAAGCUUUCCAUCAACAACGAGGGCACCAAGCUCAUUGUCCUCAACAGCCUUAAGAAGAUGGUCAACCUGACAGAGCUGGAGCUGAUCCGGUGUGACCUGGAACGCAUUCCCCACUCCAUCUUUAGCCUCCACAAUCUGCAGGAGAUAGACCUGAAGGACAAUAACCUAAAGACCAUUGAGGAAAUCAUCAGCUUCCAGCACUUGCAUCGUCUCACUUGCCUUAAGCUGUGGUACAACCACAUUGCCUACAUCCCCAUGCAGAUAGGCAACCUGACCAACCUGGAGCGCCUUUACCUGAACCGCAACAAGAUAGAGAAGAUCCCCACCCAGCUCUUCUAUUGCCGGAAACUCCGGUACCUGGAUCUCAGCCACAACAACCUGACUUUCAUACCACCAGAUGUUGGACUUCUUCAAAACCUGCAGAAUCUGGCUGUGACAGCCAACAGGAUUGAGAGUCUCCCACCCGAGCUGUUCCAGUGCAGGAAGCUGAGGACCUUGCACCUGGGCAACAACGUGCUGCAGUCACUGCCAUCCCGGGUGGGGGAGCUGACAAACCUGUCACAGAUCGAGCUCCGAGGGAACCGCCUGGAGUGCCUGCCCGUGGAGCUGGGGGAGUGCCCGCUGCUCAAACGCAGCGGGCUCGUGGUGGAGGAGGACCUGUUCAACACCCUGCCCUUGGAGGUCAAGGAGCGGCUCUGGAGGGCAGACAAAGAGCAAGCCUGAACCCCUGGGAAAAGGGAAAAGCCUCUGACCAACUAGCAGGAAGCAAAAGGCCAUUCCAGCCCCCUUUUCCCCAGAUGCUCCCCUUUCUCCACUCCGAUCACUACCAGACUGGCCAAGGAGUCCUUGACAAAUGUGACUCAUUCAGAGUCAGCUUCUUGCCUCAGAUGCAGGAUGGGGGAAGCUUGGGAUCAGGAUGAGGAUCAGGACAGAUUAAUCAGCCUCUGAGCAAGGGCCAGUGGGAGUUAGAGGUGUUGCUGUUCUUCUGGACAGGAACUGGGGUGAGGUGGAUGGUGCUGGCAAGAAGAAAUGACCUUUGAAUGGAGGAGAAAAGGAAUGUGGGGAUUGCUGCAUUGCUCCAAAUAGGGCUUAUAUGUACCAGGGAUGAGAGUCCAGUGUCCUGCAAGCGAAGACCAAGAGCCAGGAAACCUCUUGAACUUUCAUCUCUAUGACACUGGGUACUGUUCCCCUCUGACUCAGAUCCAGUCAGUGAGGCCCCCAGUGGGAUGGGAUGGGACACAGACAAGUGAUUUUAUCUGGAUGCUGGCAUUGGGAUUUGGGGGAUAAACAUCUCACAGCUGCUGGAAUGCAGGAUUUUUUUUUUUUUUUACUAAUUACCUUUCCCCUUUGCACUCUACACCUUUUCCUCUGCCCCUGGAGAAGGAACCAAACUAUCUGCUCCCUUAAGAUUGCACUACUUUAAAGGUUUCAAAUCACUUGUGCUGAUGAGUAGAUCACACAGCAUCCUUCUCUAGCUGAUGUGCUGGAGGCACUAACUGACAAUUCCAAAGCUUUAGCCUGUUCUGAAAUGGAUGGUUACAGUGCAAGUGAGAGAUGAACUGGAUAAAGAGCAAUUGGACUGUCUAAUCUCUCCCAGAAACAUCGAGUUGCUUCAGGAUCUGGCUUUUAGUUUUCAAGCAACUUUUUAAUUGCUGAUAUUCUGUUACAUAUCAAGUAUUAAUGUACAACUGGCCAGUGUGUCAGGGCUCACCUGGGCUUGGAGGGGAAACUCAGGUUUCCUCUGCACCUCUUGUCCCCCAUCCUGCCUUCCCCUACAAUCAAGUUGUUAAAUUAAGUUUUUCAAUGCUCUGCUGGUGUUUUCCAUGGAUGCAGUCUCCAGAGCUGCUUGAUUGUUGUUGUCUUCCCUUUAACAGCUGUCAGUUCCUGUUACACCUCUUGACCUAAAUAACAGGCUAAUGCUGGUUGAACCUGGUGCUGGAAAAGAAACCUUUCCUCCUGUUUCUUCCCCUUUUCAUUCCCUCGGUGUUAAGGAGGAGAAUGAGAAUCCUCUGUGGACUGAGCUCUUCUGGCUCCCUGGAAUAGAACAGUCUUUAUUGAAACAAGCCUGACCUGUUUGGUGUUCUUUGACAAAAAGCUCUCAACCUCCUGGCCUGGCAGAGGCAGAUAAUAUGUAAUAGCUCCUGGUAAUCAUGUCCUUAAGGUGGGUGGAUAAGCUGUGCCUCCAGUACUCCGAGAUCUGCACUUUUCCAUCAGGAGGAAGAGGAGGCUCCUGGACCUACAGGUCCUGGUUGUAACACUCUGCAACAGACCAGCAGGUUGGCUCCAAGGUGAAGCACUGCAAGCUGAGGCAUGAGAAGUUUGGAGGCCUCCCAUGGGUACAGAGGGGGAAGCUGCAUCCAAAGUGAUUCCUGGCGAGCUGCCAGCGAGUGCCCUGGCUUAGGGAAUUGUGGUGAUCCCGUGGAUCUUGGGGCAGUCAGGCACACUGUGGCUUUCUUCAUCAGAUGUAAGAUAUGAAUUAUAUAUAUAUAUCCUAAAUAUGCUGAAACCAUGAACAAUGUCAACUGGACUCUGGAUUUGUUGAUGUUCAGACGCUUAAAUAAAGCUACAUUAAAAUCAGGA